CCCCUAACUGUGCAGUGCUGAUGAUCAGGUCGGAGCUGGAAGCCGCUGUGUACACACUUCAGAUCCGGGAGCUCCGUCACAUACAUACGGAGUUUGUUACUUUUUACAAACACACCCGAGGAAAUCCCGCCGGCUUGAACAAAGCACGAAAUAUAUGAUCGCCCGUGUGAAGAUGGCAUCAGUGACCGACUCGCAUUUGCAGCUGUCACAGAAAGACGCGGCUGACCAGAACUUCGACUACAUGUUCAAACUCCUCAUCAUCGGCAACAGCAGCGUCGGUAAAACCAGCUUCCUAUUUCGGUACGCGGACGAUUCCUUCACGUCAGCCUUCGUCAGCACAGUUGGCAUCGACUUUAAGGUUAAAACAGUUUUUCGCAACAACAAGAGGAUCAAACUGCAAAUCUGGGACACAGCCGGACAAGAGCGAUACAGAACCAUCACUACAGCUUACUACAGAGGGGCCAUGGGCUUCCUGCUAAUGUAUGACAUCACCAAUCAGGACUCAUUCAACGCCGUCCAGGACUGGGCCACUCAGAUUAAGACGUACUCGUGGGAUAAUGCACAGGUGAUUUUGGUGGGCAACAAGUGUGACCUGGAGGACGAAAGACUCAUUCCGACAGAAAACAGCCAGAGUCUAGCUGAUGAACUCGGUUUCCAAUGUUUUGAGGCCAGCGCCAAAGACAACAUCAACGUGAAGCAGGUUUUUGAGCGUCUGGUGGACGUGAUCUGUGAGAAGAUGAAUGAAAGUAUGGACGGAGACGGUGGUCCAUUGUCCAACCAUAAAGACUCCAGUGUGCAGGACAAGUCUCCUGAGGAACACAGUGGCUGUGGCUGCUGAAAAAAAAACUCUCUUCACACCUUCCUUCAUCACCUCGUCACUACUACUUGGGAUAAUCUUUGCUUGUCCUCUUUUAACCUAAACAGUAUCUGCUAAACUCACUCAGAGUUAUUGGUUUUGAUCCUACAGCUGUAAAUGCAUGUUUGAUUUAUUUACAUGUGAUUUAUAAUUGGAAGUCAAGAUAGGAGAGCAUGGAUUGGAUCAUUUAGUUUUGGAUUGGUAUCUGACUCAACGUUCUGUGUCGUGUCCCCUACGCAUCCAUGCACAUUUACGCAAAGACUUGUAAACACAAACAGCUGGAGAUAUGACACAACUUUUAGACGUCCCGCACUAGCAGUUAAGAGAUAAACAUCCAUACACACCCAUUUCCUGUGCUCUUUACCCUGUUCUCCUUUGGUCUGAUCUUCACUCUGAGCUCCUCUGAGGAUCUUUGUGGUUUUAAUACUGUCUCAUCAGAUACUUGACCCAUAACGUUCACGGCAUUCAUUGGUCAGCUGUGUGUCUUCUUUAAAUUACUGCCAUAAGUGCUUGUUUGGUGGCAUUAUUAAGAUAAAUGCACUUGUGUGAUUCUGAUAUGUGCGCCUGUGUGCUUCGCCUAAAGCCAUUGGAACACACUAAAAUGAAUGCGUUUUAAAAUGACGUUUUUUUUUUUUGGUAUGGGAAUGUUCAUUACGUAUAGGAUAGCAAAAUAAACGAAUGAUAACUCACAAUUAAGAGUGUGCUAUCACACUGAUUCAUAAUAACCCUUUACUCUUCUGCCUCUUUCAUGAAACACGAGCAGAACAAAUUUCUUUGUAAAUAGUUUUUUAAACCAUUGAUGUCAGUUGUCACAUUCAAUUCAAUAAAUUGUUCGUAAAACCAUUCUGACAUACAAUAGUUGCUUUCAGUUCAGUUUCUAAAACCAUUCUUACGUAAAUUGUCACAUUCAAUUUAAUAAUUUGGAGGAGUGGUGGUGGCGUAGUGGGCGAAAGCACAUCAAUGGUAAUCAGAAGGUUGCUGGCUCUGCCACCACCACUGUGUCCUUGAGCAAGGCACUUAACUCCAGGUUGCUCCAGGGGGAUUGUUCCUGUAAUAAGUGCACUCACUGGAAGUCGCUUUGGAUAAAAGCGUCUGCCAAAUGCAUAAAUGUAAAUAAUUUUCAUAAAGCCAUUUUUGCGUUAAAUUUCACAUUCAGUUCAAUAAAUAAUUUGUGCAACCACUCUUAAAUUUUUGUAUUCGAUUCAAUAAUUAUUUUCUAAAACUAUUCUUGCAUAAAUUGUCGCAUUAAAUGCAAUAAUAGUUCAUAAAACCAUUCAUAUGUAACUUGUCACAUUCAAUUAAAUAAAUUGUUCGUAAAACCAUUCUGACAUAAAUUGUUGCAUUCAGUUCAAUAAUUAGUUUCUAAAACUAUUCUUGCAUAAAUUGUCAAAUUCAAUUUAAUAAUUGUUCAUAAAACCAUUCUUGCGUAAAAUUUCACAUUCAAUUCAGUAAAUAAUUCGUGCAGCCAUUCUUAAAUUUUUGCAUUCAGUUAAAUAAACAGUUUCUAAAACCAGAAAUCACAUUAAAUGCAAAAAUCGUUCAGAAAACUAUUCAUAUGUAACUUGACACAUUCAAGUUAAUAAAUUGUUCAUAAAACCAUUCUGACAUAAAUUGUCACAUUCAAUUUCAUAAUUGUUCAUAACCAUUCUUGCAUAAAUUGUCAAAUUUAAUUUAAAAAGUCAGUUUGUGAAGCCAUUCUUAAAUUGUUGCAUUCAAUUCAAUAGUUUCUAAAACCAUUCAUCUGUAAGUUGUUGCAUUAAAUUAAGUUAUUGUUUGGAAAACCAUUCAUACAUAAAUUGUCGCAUUCAAUUUAAUAAACAAUUCAUUAAACUAGUCUUCGGUCAAAUUUUAAGAAUCGUUUCUAAAACUAUUUUUACGUAAAUUGUCGCAUCAAAUUCAAUAAAUUGUUGGCACAAUCUUUGUUAUAAAUUGUUACAUUUAUUCAAUAAAGCAUUUCUGAAUCCAAUUCAAUAAUUGUUCGUAAAACCAUUCUAGAAUAAAUUGUCAUAUUCAAUUCAAUAAUUAAUAAUAUAUCAAACGAAUCUUAAACAAAUAGUUGUAUUUAAUUCAGUAAUUUUUGUUUUUGUAAAACCAUUCCGACAUAAAUUUCUGCAAUUAAAUUUAAACCAUUCAUGCAAAAAUUGUUGCAUUAAAUUCAAUGCAAUGGUUUUCCAAACAUUUUAAUCAGAUUCAUUCUGCUUGGUUUCUUGAAUGCAAUUUGUCUCUACACACAUUUACCUGCCCCUUUGUUGGGAAUAAAUGUACUUUAGCUCUAGAAAUAUUGAUUACUUUGAUCCGUUUUUUAAAUGUUCUUUUUUUUAUUGAAAGGCACCUUAUUGCGACAGUGAACGUUAAAAGAAUUAAUCAGGAUUGAGUAGCCUUUUUGGUUCUGAAUGCCUGCUAAUUUGAUAGGAUUUUACAUAAUCAGUGAUGUUAAUAUCUGAAGUCUCACAGGAUGCUGGUUAAGUCUAGUUAAGCUCAAGUAGAGGUCUCAGAAGGUCUGGGAUGGGUUGUGCCUCCUUUUCUCUCUCCUCGUCUUUUACUGUUGAUUUCUCUUCAUGACUCAGUGCCUCACUUGUGUUAAAUAUACUGUGUGAGCCAUGAUAUAAGACAUUUUUGUGUAACAUACUCUCUGUAUAAAUUCUUUGUCUUUUGCACAAUGUUGUAAUUUUGUUUCUUAAGUUCUUAUCGCAGGUAUCGUUACAUUCACUUCUUUAGUGACACAAUGAAUUGGCCUCUGUUAUGUAACUUAUGAAGUUACCACUUUGACACUGGGCAUAGUUUCAGUGUUUCUAGACUAAAGAAAUAUCCAGCUAUAUACAGUACAUAUUUCAUAUAGCACAGAAUUAAAUAUUGCAUGAAGUAAAUGUAACCUAUUUUUAGAACGAUUAAGUUUUUUUUAUUAUUGAAAAAUUAACUAUUUUCAUGUCGAUUAAGCACAUUACCCUCCAAAUUCUCAUUACUGUAAUCUGGAAAAAAAUCUGUCAUUACUGUAAUAUACUCAUUACUGUAUUGUGUAAUAUGGAAAUCAUCCUUUUAUCAUGAUUAAAGCCAUCAUAAAUUCAA